GAGCAUUGCAUCCCUCUCUACCUCUCUCACACACACACAGUGUGUUUGCUGGGAAGGGGAUAGUCCAGGGGAAACUAGGGAUUACAUUGUCUACCUGCCUGGAAAGGAAUUGUUUUACUCUCUGGAAUUUCCAUUAAAGAGAUCUCGGAACAACAUCUUAAAAGGAGUUUCUGACCAGAAAUCUUACCCGUCAUCAAAACCCAGUGGCAAGAUUAUUAGCACCUGAUCUACGACACAUUUCCCUGCCAUCAGCAUCACCAUCAACGUCGAACAUCAUCGAGCAGACCAUGAGCAGCAAUUACAGCGCCACUCUUGCAGGACCUGCCCCCUGGGGCUUCAGGCUGCAGGGAGGGAAGGACUUCAACAUGCCUCUCACCAUCUCCAGGCUGACAGAUGGUGGGAAAGCGGCUAAAGGUGGCAUUGCUGUCGGAGACUUGGUCCUGUCUAUCGACGGCAUAGCCACAGAGGGCAUGAACCACCUGGAGGCCCAGAACAAGAUCAAGAACUGCACCGGCAACCUCAGCCUCACCCUGCAAAAGGCCGCCAGUGUUCCUAAACCUCCUCCUGUGGCACCAAAGGACGACAGAUCAGACAUCAUAAAACCAGUGGCCCUCACCCAUCCACCUCCGCCAUCCCAUCCUCAAGCUCACUCCCCCAGCCCGUCCACCGUCCCCUACAAUAAAGUCCCCAGACCUUACGGGGUCUGCGGAUCAGAGCGCGAAUACCCUCUCCCUCCUCCUCCUCCACAGUCCCCUUUUGCUCCCUUCAUCCCAUCCCCAUCCUCUGCCUUCACACCUGCCUCCUCCUUCUCCAGUUUUCCUCCUCCUCCUCCACCUCCACCUCCUGCUUCUUACCCAUCCUCUUCCUCCUCCUCCUCCUCCCCCCCUGUCCUCGUUGCACCCCAGCCAUCAGUGUAUAACACACCAAUCAACCUCUACUCCACUGAGAACGCAUGUGAGGUGGCCAUGGGGCAGAGGCGAGGCCUACUGGAGAGUCAGGGUGGAGCCUUGCCUUUGCAGUCGAAUGGGGUUCCUAGGAAGCACGUCGUGGACACAGACAUCCAUUUCUAUCAUGUGCCCACUCAUGCUGAUGCCAGCAGGAAGCGUAUUACAGAGGACACAGAGGACUGGCGCCCACGCACCGGCACCACCCAGUCCAGAUCAUUCAGGAUUCUGGCUCAGAUCACUGGCACCGAGCAGGCUCUGGAAGAAGAAGAGGCAGCCAAGAAGACAAAUGAGGAGGUAGAGGAGCCAGACCUCAGCAGCCAUGACUCUGCAGUUGUCAAGACCAUGAUCAAAGGACCUGCUGCAACCCAGGGCCAUGGUCUGAAGACUGGUUUGAUCAUCCCAUCGUUUGGUAUGAAGGGUAAUGGAAGUGCCAGUGUCCCAAGAGGUCCUGUUCCAGCUCGACCUGUACCUCAGCCCCACCCCAAAGAUGAGGACACCCUAGUUCAGAUGGCAGAACACAUCCCUGCUGGGACUCGUACACCCAUGUGUGCCCACUGCAACAUGGUCAUCAGAGGGCCGUUUCUGGUAGCAAUGGGGAAAUCAUGGCAUAAGGAGGAAUUUAACUGUGCCCACUGCCGUUCAUCUCUAGCAGAUACCGGCUUUGUGGAAGAACAGGGGUCUGUCUACUGUGAACACUGCUAUGAAGAGUUCUUUGCUCCAACUUGCAGCCGCUGCCAAGCCAAGAUACUGGGGGAGGUGAUAAAUGCCCUCAAACAGACGUGGCAUGUCUACUGCUUUCUGUGCGCUUGCUGUCAAAAGCCAAUCAGAAACAACACCUUCCACCUGGAGGAUGGAGAACCAUACUGUGAACAAGACUUCUACAGUUUGUUUGGGACUGGCUGUCACGGUUGCGAGUUUCCAGUCGAGGCUGGAGACAAGUUCCUGGAGGCCCUUGGUUACGUCUGGCAUGACACCUGCUUUGUUUGCGCUGUGUGCUGCACCACUCUGGAAGGUCAGACUUUCUUCUCCAAGAAAGACAAACCUCUUUGCAAGAAACAUGCUCACACGCUGAAGAUAUGAACCUUGGACUUUCCCUUCACAAUUUUAUCCUAUCCAUACAUUCUUUCUUGGUUGGUGGUUAGCAAAAGCUCUUAAUAGUAUCAUACCACAAUAAAACUCAAGCAAUACUGAAUACUCGCACAAGCAUCGUGGUGGCUCUUGCAGGUCAGAAUAAGAGAAACACUGCCACGUAUGUCCAUCGGACCCAUGCCUUUUGAAAACAUAAUUUACUUUUGUUCAUUUUUACUAUAAGCAGCAAAAGAGCUUGCAGUAAUGAUCACUGUUUUACGUUUAUACCCAUUUGUUUUAAUGAAAGAAGCAGAUCACUUUUAACUGGUUUUCAUCUGGAUUUUAUUUACUCAAGCAUCCAAAAAUAGGUGCAGUGUACAUGUACUAUCACUAGGACUCACCAAAGUCAGACAUUUAAUAUCAAAACACAAUACAAAACAUAUAUGUUCAUACUCGUGCUAUAUGAUUACAGAGACAGAAGGAUAUUAGAUAAUUAUUUUCAAAGCUGGUGUUUAUUUUUGUUAGUGUUAACGUUUGUGUAGCUGUAAUCAAAUUUAACAAUCUGAUCAGCAGCUAUUAAGAUACAAGAAAAUACUAGCCAUCCAAUUUCCUGUGUCACACUUUGUUGAUGUUGUACUGAAAUAUCAGAAUCAACAUCAAAUAAUUUCUUGUACUAGUUGUUUUUAUUACAGGUGAGCUGGAUGUGUGUGGUGAUGGUAAAAGGUGCCUUCGAUCAGUGCUUAGAACUAUUUGAACUAUUUCUGUAUGUUUGAAAUGAUUUCUAUGUAUUACAUUUUGUCGUGCCAGACUGAUAACUUAUCAAAAAUGUUACCGGUUUCAAAACAAAACAUCACAUUUAUAAAUGUGGAACUUGUUGGUCUUGAUUUUAUGGAGGACAGAAUUGGCUAUAAAUAAAAAUUAAAUACAUAAGUAUACAUACAAAAUAAGUAAAUGUCCAACAAAAUAUAAAGCCCAUAAUAUGUAUAUUUAUCUAUUCUCCUUACUAUGAAACUGACAGCUUGGCAAUUGCAUAGCAUUGGCAGAAAUAUGUUUCUAUACUGAGUGCCAUAUAGCUUCAUGAGUCAUAUUUUUAUUUACUUUACCUCAUGUUGUAUUUUGUAAUGAUUGUGGUUGAUUCAGUCCUCCGUAUGCUUCAUAAAAGUAGGCUAUUUCUGGUCGGAUCUGCAGGAAAACAAAUUCAAACAUGGAUACUAUAAUCAGUUUGUCGCAAACUGUAUAUUUUAUUUUUGUUUAUAGAGGGGAGAAAUGUCUUAUCUAACAACAUGUAUUUAACUGUUUGGGUAGCUGGGUUUCUGCUUUUCAGGGACACUUUCAGGGAAUGGAUGGGGGGUAUUUUCUUCUGUUUGUGUUUUAGUAUCUAAUUUCACUGUCACUAACUGUGCCAACAUGCUGAUGGCCAUAUUUACUUUUACUUUUGACUACAACAAACAGUAACAAAACUCAGUCAUAUUAAUUUCACAUAAUUAUCAUAGAAGACUGCAGUGGUAAACAGACAUGGUAACAAAAAUCUUUAUUUUCAUCCACAGAACUACGCUUGGAAAUUGAUCUAAGUUGUCUAAUAAAUGAGGUGCUUUUAACCC